CGAAGCGAUUCUUCUGCUCUUCUGCAUACUGCGUCCCUCUUCGGGGCCAGUUGGAGCCAUGGCUGGAGCCAUGGCCAUCCUGGCCUUGCUCGCCCAUGCGGAGACGAAUGAUGAGCGAAGCAUAUAUAAACUGCCUUCGACCCAGCCAGUGAUCAUCGAUCACUGCUUCUACCGGGAUAUGAGGUAUUUCCCGACGCUUCCGAACUUGCCGACGCAACAAUCGACGAUCGGGGCCUGCCAAGCACUGUGCGCGCUGGAGCCGGAAUGCAGGUAUAUCUCUUGGUGGGGUUCCGGGCAUUGCGUCCUCUCCGGCGAGGGUGCGUACAUGGUGCAGGACCUCUAUGCCACUGCGGGGCCGAAGCACUGCACCGAAGUCUUGGCGAGUUGUCGCGAGAGGCCUUCGGCCCGCUUCCCCGGCAUGACGCCCAUCGCUUCGGCGCAGGCGUGGCCCUCGGGAUGGGUGCCCUUCCCCAUGGAGUGUUGGCCGCAAGCGGGUCGUCUUCUGGAAAGGUGCGAGAAACAGCAGGUCCUCCAAAGCCCCGGCGAUGGGGCCUUCAACUGCGACAACCUGGUCCUAACCCCCGUGCCGCUUUACGAGACGUGCCACUCGCACUGCGGGAAGCAGCCCCUUUGCUCCAUCUACGUGGAGAAUGCCACCGGCUGUUUCCUCGGUCGGUCCACCGCCGGCUUCAAUUGCUUCAGCAAGUCGCCCAGGAGACCCAUCCGCGCAGGGCGUUUGCUGCACGGGGAGGUGCGUGUUCUGGUGGAUCUUCGACAAAGCCGAGUCUUAGGACUCACCAAGGUCUUUAAAGAGGAGGACUUGAUCGGCAAUCCACGCUCCGUGGGGGUGGAGGGCUGUCGUGCCUCCUGCUACUCCAGCCUCAACUGCCGCUACUGGCAGUAUCUCCUUGGACAAGGCUGUUGGCUUGAGGAACCUGGCCGAAAUGUUCUGUUUCCGCUGACCGAUGGCAACGUGUAUCGCGACUUCUCGAUCGCCAUUGCGGGAGAGUAUAUUCAGCACUUCUGCCCGGGCUUGGGUUGGACUCCUUCUGAGGAAUGGAUUCUGGUGGCGCAAGACACGGGCUGCGUGAACAGCAGCUCUGUCAAGGAUUUGGGCGAGGCCGGCAUCUUGCAGUGUCAGAAGCUGGCCGCCAGCGAGGGCUGUGCUGGGACGAUCUUCGGCGAUGGCCAGCGGUGCUUCUGCAUGACCAGCGGCCUUUGCGAGCGACGGCACCAGGCGAACUUCCAGCUCUACGAGCGGAAGGACCUCGUGGAGGUGUCGCCCGUGGCCGAGAAUGACGCCUAUCUGCGGAAGGUUCCAGCCGAUGUGCAAGGUGUCCACGUGGAAGUGGCCCUGAAGGGUGUGAGUUACGACUCCGUCGAGGCCUCGACCUCGACGCAGCUGGAGCUGCUGCGGAGCCAACUGGCCGAGGCCGUCGCGGGCGCCACAGGUGCUCGGGCCUCGACGAUUUGGGAUCACUCCGGCCACACCCGGAAGGUCGAUUUGAAGCCUGGCUCCUUCGGGGAGGAGCUUCGAGUGGAGUUCAACAUGGAAAGACCGAGGAGUAGCGACGAGCUCACGCGCAGCCUGGGCUCCCACGAGCUGCAGGAGUCCAUGCGCAAAGCCGUCUACGCGCUCUCGCCUGAGAGCAUCACAGGACCCGUGAAAGCCACCGUGUCCUAUGGCCCGGAGGAUGUGGGUCACGCACCUCUUUGGUGGCUGCCGGCCAUGCUGAUUGGACUUUGUUUCGUCUUGAUGUUGACCUUUGUGUGCAUUCUCAAUGCCAAGGGCAUCCGGAUGGAGCAGACGGCCUGCGAUGCAUCCGUGUGUGAGAACCCCCUGGAUGGACUCUGCGACUCUGGCUCGGAGGACGAGGCCAAGCCGCGGCCCUCGCCGCGAUCCACGGAUCGGAUGCGCAUGUUCCGCCCCUCACAGAUGGCCCGCUCCUCCUAGGGACCGUCCAGGAGAGGAGACGGAGCGCACUGCGUGCGCGUGCUGCGCCGCUGAGACCGUUCCCAGAGAACAGGGGGGAUGUGAAGGAGCUUGACUUGCACCAGCCCAGAAAGGUCUGACCUGUC